CCACUGACUAUGCUAUGCAGAAUGUCCUAUUACAGAUUGGUCUUAAUGUAGUCUCCAUUGAUGGAAUGUUAAUCAAGAGAAUAAGAACCUACGCUCAACAAUGCAAGGCCUGCUUCAAGGUUUAUUUUAAAAGUGAUUUGUUGUUUUGUCCUAACUGUGGCAACAAGUCAAUGAUUAAAGUGCUAGCUGAUGUUGGUAAAGAUGGCCUCAUUCAUUAUUCAUCACUCAGUGAUAAACAGUUCAGCCAUAAAGGACUCAGAAGUAUACCUUAUUCUGAAGCUGGUUUUUAGAAGCCACAGAAGGUAAGACUGAAAU